AUGUCUAAAGCAGCAUCAACAGCCGCUCGUCUUCAAAACGACUUCGGUGCAGACCUUUGGGUCAAGAACCAGACUCAGGCUCGCCAAGCAACAGCCGGACGAGGCCUCUUUGCCGGCCUUCAAGACGUCAAGCACUACAACGUCGAAAAUGGGUGGGCGAAGCGCACAGCCGCCAACGAACAGCCAGGCCUCAUAGGGCUUCUGUGGAGUAGAACUCUCUAUCUCUCUACUCUCCAGCUCUCGUGGCUUGUGUCGCUAAUUGUUGGCUUGUUUAGAAUCACCGGCCUCGGCUAUAGGUCCCCUAAUCAAUGA